AGAGGAAGAAAGCAAGAAAUGGAUUCAACAAUAAAUCCCUCUCUCUCUAAUUUGGUCAUUCGGUCAUUGUCAUUGCCCUGUAACUAAGAAAUAGCAUACCAACGAUGUGGCCGACGAUCGAACCUUCUCCGAACCUUUCUUCCACGUCCUCCGACGAUAGAUUCCGAUCUCGCUCAAGAUAGAAGCUCUUCGUCUCCUAUUAAUGCUCCCUUGAUCUCUAGGCUCUAGCCAUCUGGAACUAUUUUAUACCCAAAACUAGUUGGGGGAGGAAGAGAGAGAGAGAGAGAGAGAGAGAGAGAGAGAGAGAGAAGAGAGGUCUCGGUGGUCUCUACAGGGGGAGAGUGGGAGAGGGGAAAGAAAAUAAAAAAGGAUAAAGGAAAGGGGCAGCUUUGGAAAAAGUAAACAUAAAACGAGGCAAUUGAGAAAACCUCCCCCAUACCCAAGUAUUUUCAAUUGUCUCAUAAUGGAGCAAUCUACAAUUCCCCAUGUACAAUUGAUUCAUUCCUUUUUUUUGGUAGCCAAAUGAGACAAUUUGUGUCAAAUUGCUCCAUAAGAAAGAUCCAUCCAAACGACCCCUUAGUGAUUUUUUGUCUCACAAAAAAUCUUACAUGGGGAAGUAUACCUGUCAUACUAGAAAAUAACUUGGCAUAUGGACUAUUUCAUGAGCAGUUCUUAAACAACUCUCCUUUUUGUGAUCCAUGCAUCUCUUAAUCUAUCACAAGGUCAUAAGCAACAAGUCAACAAAUCAGUUUUUAGGUACACAUCAUUGCUCUCAAGCGGAAAACAAUUGUACUUUGUGAUAAUGUUGUGUAUAAUUGUAUAUGUUUCUACUCAUCUCAUAUGUCAUAAUAUGAUCCAGGUUAUGGAGGAUUUAUGUUUGUUUGAUGUGAUACAAUACGAAUAUGUGAUAUCUUGAUCUUAGAGAAUUCUACCUAGAGAAAGUGACAAUGAUAUUUGUGAUCAUCUAGAUUGAGCAACACCAUAUACUUAUAAUAUUUUAUAUAUGCCUUUACAUCAAAGGACCACAAGAAUAUUACCCAAUAUUACUCAUGAUUAAGGAAAUUUUCACACUAUAUGAUCCUUUCACACUCACUUCCAUAUCCCAGAUACGAUGCAAUUAUGACCCACAAAACAUGCUCAAUUAUUUCUCUUCGGAAGAUGGUAAAAAAGAUUAAACCAUCUUUCGUGUUUCUGUCCGAGACCAAGAAGAAAAGGUCUUACAUGGAAACUAAGAGAAAGAGUAUGAUAUUUGCUGGAAACUCCUAUGUUUGUCCAAUUGAUCGAGCAGGUGGCCUUGCUCUGUGGUGGGUUGAGGGUAUUUCCUGCAAAAUUCUGAAUAGUGAUCAAUUUUUUAUUGAUGUUUAGUUGAGGGGAUGAUGGUUUUUACAUUACUUUUGUUCAUGCUCCCUCUGAUCCGAAUCGGCGUAGGGACUUUUGGGAUCAGAUUAGUAGCCUUCGCAGUAGCUUCGAUGAUAAGUGGGUUGUCAUAGGAGAUAUGAAUGUGAUUUUGUUCCCGGAGGAAAAAUUGGGUGGAGGCCCUCCAAGGAACGAAUCUGUAAUCCCUUUUAAGAAUUUUGUUGAUGACAAUGCUUUAAUGGACCUUGAUUUUAAAGGUUACCCCUUUACUUGGAAGGAUAACCGUGAGGGCCAGCGAAGAGUGGAGGAGAGGCUUGAUAGAGCUUUAUGCUCUGCAUUAUGGAGAUCAAAGUUCAGAAACGCCCUUGUCUUCCACGAAUUACCUAUCGAGUCGGAUCAUUGGCCAUUAAGACUAGAGAUGAAUGGGACUAAAGUAAGAUCAAAUCCUCCAUUCCAUUUUGACUCAAGAUGGCUUAAUCAAGAAGAGUGUCAUAAUAUAGUGAAUCGUAACUGGGAUAAUGGAGGGAUGUGUCAUGAUAGACUGUUGAAUUGUGAGAAGGAAUUAAAAGAAUGGGCCAGAGAAGUUUACUGGGACCGCUACAAGAGAGCUGCGGAUAUUCAGGCAAGAUUAGAGGAAAUUCUCAUAAUGGAUAGGUCAGUUGAUAUUGUUCAAGAAGAGAAAAGUUUGAUGACCGAACUUGCUGCCAUUUGGAAAGAUGAAGAACUGUUUUGGUAUCAACAAUCUGGAAUAAAUUGGCUACGGGAAGGGGACCACAACACGAGUUUUUUCCACUCGUCGGCGACUCAUAGAAAGCAGAGAAAUAAGAUUGUUGAACUUAAGGAUGAUAAUGGGAACAUCUUUUCUCACCCUGAGGAACUUGCUUCUCAUGUCACCAAUUAUUACAAAUCUCUGUUUACUCGGGUUGAUAGGGUUAUUGAUACUGAUAUUCUACAAGGCUUCCCAAAAGUUGUUUCAGAGGAAAUGAAUAGGGAAUUAUGUGAGAUUCCAUCUCAUGAGGAGAUCAAAGUAGCAGUCUUUGAUCUUGGACCAACGAAAUCGCCAGGGCCGGAUGGCUUUGCAGGCAUGUUUUUUAGACGCUUCUGGCCUAAGAUAGGAACUAAAUUUUGUCAGGAAGUUCAAGACUUCUUUCAUUCUUCUAGCAUGCCUCAAGGCUGGAACAGUACUCAUAUUGCCCUUAUUCCCAAGAAUCAAGCUCCUCAAAUGGUAAGCCAAUUUCGACCGAUUAGCUGUUGUACCUUCAGAUACAAGGUCAUAUCCAAAAUCAUGUCAACUCGUUUGAAGAAGUGGAUACCUGGGUUGGUCUCGGAGAUGCAAGCUGCCUUUACCAGUGAUAGGCUUAUUCAGGAAAACAUCAUCAUUGUCCAUGAGAUGCUACACAAUUUUAAGAACCGAAGACAUGGGGAUUGGGACAUGAUGGUUAAAUUGGAUAUGCGUAAAGCAUACGACUUAGUCGAUUGGGAAUGCCUUGAUUCAAUUCUACAAGCCUAUGGGUUCUGUGAUAUUUGGCGAGGGUGGAUAAAUGAGUGUAUACGGACUGUGAACUUCUCUAUACUCUUGAAUGGAAGCCCCACUGAAUAUUUUCAUCCUACGAGAGGAAUCCGCCAAGGGGAUCCAAUAUCACCAUUCCUCUUCAUCUUACUCUCAAACGCUCUCUCUUUUCUGAUCGAUAAAGGUGUUGAGCGAGGUGAAAUAAGGGGGAUAAAGCUUAAUCAAGAAUGUACAAGGAUUUCUCAUUGCCUAUUUGCAGAUGACACUGUCAUCUUUGGAAAGGCAAGAGUUUGUGAAGCUAUCCAUAUUCUGAAAAUUUUACAAAAUUAUGGAGAAGUGACAGGGCAGGAGAUCAAUGCAAGUAAAUCAUCUAUCUUUUUCAGCCGUAACACUCCUGAAGGAAUUAAAGCCCUUGUGACGGCUAGGUUUGGUUUCCCUCCUUCUAUAUGCCACGAAAAAUAUUUGGGAGUACCCUUUGAAUGGGGUAAGUCGAAGAAUGAAACCUUCAACUUCCUCAUCGAGCGAAUGGAAAAGAAAGGUGAGUCUUGGAAGAGUCUUCUUCUUUCCCCGGGUGGAAAAGAAGUCCUCCUUAAAGCAGUCAUUCAGGCGAUUCCAGAGUACAUUAUGAGUGUGCUCCUUCUUCCUUUAUCUCUCACUAACAAGAUGGACUCGAUUUUACGCCGUUUCUUUUGGUCCGGAUCUAUAAAAAAGAAAUCGAUUCAUUGGUGUGAUGCGAAGAUUCUGGAGAAACCAAAAGAAGAAGGGGGCUUGGGAUUUCGCAAUUUUCACAUGUUUAACUUGGCUCUCAUCGGCAAACAAGUUUGGAGAAUUUUGGAAAAUCCUGAUGCUUUGUGGGUUCAACUUCUAAAAGGUAUUUAUUUCCAUAAUGGAGAUUUCUUCGCGGCAACUAAAGGAAGAUGUGGAUCAUGGAUUUGGAAUGGGAUUUGUGAAACAAAAUAAAUGCUGAAAUUGGGAUUGAUCAAGGUGAUAAUGUCAGGGGAAGGAACUAGAUUCAACAGUGAUCCUUGGAUACCAUCAAUACCAACGUUCUCAUUGAAUCACCUUGGACCGAAUAAUUCUAGAGUGAACGAAUGGAUUUUAGACAAUGAUCGUGUCUGGAAUAUGGAGGCGAUUCGAGAGAGUGUUCCACCUGAAGUUGCUGAUGCUAUUGGUAGAGUACCAAUAGGACCAACGUGUGGAAGAGAUGUUUGGGCUUGGAGAUUCACAUAGACGGGAGCUUAUAGUGUUAAGUCAACUUAUCAUUCUCUUCGUCAGGCUCGCGAUCAGAAUGCGGAUCAUCCUCCUGGGAAUCAAAACCGACCAAACCA